UGUUUACGGUUGGUCUCUCGUUUUCACUCUAGCAGCUUCUCCGAUAGCUUCAUUGACGAAGAUCCACAGAAAGCUUUGGAGGAACUCAGUGAGGCCCUGCAAAGAGAUUCUGACAAUGCUGACUGGUUGUGUCAGCGUGCCUAUGCUUACAUACUCCUCAAUAAAUACGACUGUGCUGCUGAUGACGCCAAGAAAGCCCAACAGCUGAAACCAAGCCUUCCUCUAACUUUCCUGCGUUCUGGCAUAGCAGAGUACCACCUGAAACGCUUCGAGUCAGCACAUGCAGCCUUCACUCAGGGACACCAACUAGAUGAUUCUGACAAGUCAUUUGAGGUUUGGAUCAAACGUUGUGAAGAGAUGAUGGAUGGUAAGCACGACUGGUACCAAACAGAAUCUCAAGUCAUUGUCACAGUUAUGGCAAAAAAUGUGCCCAAGGAUGGCGUGUGGGUCAGCUUCAGGGAAAAAGAGGUCUCCGCAAAGAUCCAGCUGGCUUCUGGGGAGAGCUACAACUUCCAACUCCGCCUUCUGCAUCCCAUCAAUCCCCAACAGAGCAACUUCAAGAUCCUCUCCACCAAGGUAACGCUU